UUCCAUAGCCCACCAACGCAAAAGGAGGAUCUCCGCCUGCUCGUCCUCAACUCCCGCCCCCACCCUCGUUCACCCCCCACCACCACCUGUAAAUAAACCACCACUGUCAUAUCGACCUACCACCAUCUUCCAAUCAGAGUCAGUCUACAGCGAGGUUCAGGACCAAUUAACUUAUCUAGAAGUACUGCCUGAUGAGAACACAUUCCAGUUAAACCCAUCUAGUAGCGUCGACAAAACACAGGCAGUACCACAGUUCCAACCUGGUCAACGUUAUCAGAACUAUCAAUUCAAUAAGGAAGCAGAGCAGGAAUUUGAAAAUCUAAUGAGGUGGAUGAAGACAGUUGGAUGCUGGGAAAACAUGCCUCCUUCAUUUCAUGGCCUCAGUCUAGAGGAUGAGAACAGGGAGUUCAGCCAGCGGUGCCUCUAUGUGAAAAAUGGCCUCCGUCUGUUCAACUGCCUGCUAAUGAAGCGUAGCGAUACCCUGCGAGGCCACAUCACAGAGCUCAACGACCUUGCCGAGAAGCUGGACAAAGUGCAGAAGAAAACCAAAACCAUGAGCAUCGCAGGGGGCACCACGGGCGUAAUGGGAGGGGUGGUGGCCGUUGUGGGCAUUGUCCUCGCCCCCAUAACCAUGGGUGCCUCCCUCAUAGGGACGGCAGUUGGGGCGGGCAUGGUGGCUUCGGGUACUGGGAUGGGCAUCAAAGCGACCAUGGACAACAACAAAAUCAAGUCUGUGGACAGAAAGAGGCUGGAGGAGGUGGUACAGAAGUACACAGCUGAGAUAGCAGACGUGGAGUUGUGUCUUUGCUUCAUCCACAGUGGGAUGGCUGAGCUGAGGCGGUAUAACUUCCACAGGCUCCAACAUGCUGAUCCUGAGGCCCUUCGGAUAGCCAGGGUGGCAGAGGCAGUGCAUCCUGGGUGUAAUAAGUCCCAACAGUUGGGCAUAAAGUCUAAGAUGAUCCUGCAAGGAUUUGCCAGAGACAUGGACCUGUAUUAUAAUGACAAUGAUGGCCAGAGGCUGAAAAAGGGCUCUGAGACUAAGUUUGCCACCAGGAUCCGUGGUGUGACCCAAGAGCUACAGGAGGAGCUCAAUGAACUGCACCAAGUGUGGCAGACUUUCUUUCUCGCAGCCAGUAGAUUUUGAGGUGUGUGUCUGCCGUCGUUAUUGCAGUAAAGGUCUGGCAAUAUUUUGGACACAUGCAAGAUAUUGUUUUUUUGGGGGGAGGCCGUAGGGAUGUGCUCAUUUUUGAAGUGGGUUGCCCCAAUGAAGCCUACAUGAAGCCAGCCUUUGCUGACAAGUUGCUGAAAUUUCAGCCCCUGUGAACAGCCUUGGUUAUCAGUGCAAACUUGCAGUGCUAAUAUUUGGGAGUCUCAGCCAUGUACAUAGGCUGACAGUAAGUGGCUUUCAGAUUGCAGGCCUGCAUAGGACAAAGGCAAAGCAGCGGUACUGCUCGGUGUCGGCUGUUUUGGGCAGCUUUGCUGCAUGGAGAAGGUGCUUUCUGUAUCCAUAAGUCUCCAUAUAUCCAUGAACUUUGAAAUGUUUUAAUCCUCUCGACUGUCAUGCGAUUUGUGGUUUCAAAUAAAGUAUUUAAAAUGUAA